UGUUGACUUUAUGUUAGGAUUUAGGAUUAAGGUUGAUGGAGGGGUUUUAUCAUUACAUUUUUUAUAGAUAUUAUCUUCCUUGGAACACCUAUAGUAUUUGUAAUCACGCUUAAAGUAUAAGAAAGGCCAUUACAUUUUUUUAAUUUGCCACAAUUUUAAUAUAGUGUUGUAAAUAAAUUGAUAAAAUGGACUUUUUCACGAUUAUCGGCUUGUCUGCUGUGAUAUACAUUCUCGUUUAUUUCAUAGUUUUGUCAGCUACAGACUGCGACCUUGGUCUGCUAUGGGCAUUAUACACUGGCCGAAAAUUAGAUUACUUUAAGGAUAAGGUCGUCUGGAUUACAGGGGCAUCGAGUGGUAUUGGGGAGUUCUUAGCUGUUGAGCUCGCAAAAAAUGGUGCCAGCCUUAUCAUCAGCGCUCGUUCGGCGAGUAACCUGGAUAGGGUCAAGAAAAGGUGUUUAGAUGUUGGAACACCUGUUAAUAAAAUUCUUGUUUUACCUUUUGAUGUAACGGAUUAUAAGAAACAUGAAGAAAUGUUUUUAAGAGCAACACAUCAUUUUGGAAAACUGGACAUUCUAGUAAAUAAUGCAGGACGGUCUCAGAGAGCAGUUUGGGAAGAUAUAUCGACAGAAGUAGACAGGGAGAUGUUUGAUCUGAAUGUCUUCAGCUUGAUUUCUCUCUCAAGGCUGGCCGUCAAGUAUUUUGACAAAAAUGGUGGUGGUCACAUUGUAGUCUCUUCUAGUCUUGCUGGAAUUUUUGGAGCGCCAUUUUCCGCAACUUACACUGCCACAAAACAUGCUCUCCAUGGUUAUUUUAAAUCAUUGCGCAUGGAAAAAUUAGGUACAAAAUUAGCCAUAACUCUUCUAUGCCCUGGACCUGUUUUUAGUAAUGUACUUUCACAAAGUUUCACUGGAAAAAGCGGUGAGAUUUUUGGUCAAGAAAUGUUAAAAGAUGAUAAAAGAAUGCAGACAAGUCGCUGUGCUUUUUUAUAUGCAGUUGCCAUCGCCAACCAUCUUGAUGAAGCCUGGGUCGGCCUCUUUCCGAGCAUACCACUGUGCUAUAUUUUAGUGUACUUUCCCAACAUUGCUAAAAAGCUGGCACUUCUCAUUGGUACAAAACAAUUGAUGAAGCUAAGAGACAGUCGCCAGGUUAUGAAUACAAAUAAAAAUGAUUAAAAUAACUUCAAAAAUGAUUUUUUUUGUGAUGAAACUGUGUUACAACACCAGUUAUUAUUCAUAAUGUGUAUUUUAAGCCUAAAUACAAACUUUAUUAUUUACUUUUUGUCAUUUUUUUGAACUGGUAUAAUUAUUUGCUUAAAACCAUUAUGAAUAAUUGUAAUACAUACCUACAUUGGAAUAGUUUAUAUUUUUUGCUAUUUUUUAGGCUAAGUGGAUAACAAUAAAAAAGUG